CCAGUUUUCAUGCAUGCCCUGGUCGAGAGAAAAGAGAAUCGACUAGGAAGAGAGAGAGAGAGAGAGAGAGAGAGAGAGAGAGAGAGAGAGAGAGAGAGAGAGAGAGAGAGAGAGAGAGAGAGAGAGAGAGAGAGAGAGAGAGAGAGAGAGAGAGAGAUACAAGAAGGGGG